AUGGACUCAUUCAAAAUACGAUCUCAACUCGGACUCUCAAGAACUGAUGAACUAAUUUAUACGUCGUUUUACUUCUACUGUUCACUCCAGUACAUCAGUCGUCAGAUCGCCGCCCAGUCAAUCACACCUCACAUCUACAACUUCCAGUCCGACCGAGGCCGCGGCACCCCCAUCGUCGACUCUGGCACCCGAUUCUGUGCUUCCGACAAGCAUAUCUGCCACGCAAAGGAUAUCAUCCCCGUCUUUGGUAGCGGUGCCAUCGCACCAUCCACCUUCCAGACUGGAGAAGACGCCCGCUUCGCCCGCCAGAUUAUCGAUCGUUGGACUACAUUCGCCAAGACUGAACCCGGUUCUAGAGCUUGA